AUGGUCCUCCUCACCAUGACGCCCGCCAUCGUCCGCGCGCUCUCACGCGCUGAGCAGCUCUCCCCCUCGGAACACGCUCGGCUGCAGACCCCAGGCGACCCCACGCUCGCCUCGCCGGUCCCGGGAAACCCAAUCUCGCACCGCCAGCUGCUCGCCCUGUCCAAGCUCUCCCACCAGCUGCCCUGCGACACCGACCGCGCCGAGCAAGGCCGCCGGGCCCCGACCGCCCUCGACGCCCUCGUGCGCAACACGGCCGUCUACGUCGCUCCGCCGCCGCCCAGGAAGCAGCAGACGCCCGCCUACCUCGCCCUCAUGGCCCGCCUGCGCGCUCAAGAGGAGGCUCGCGCCUACCAACGCAUGCUCCACCCGCCGCCGACGCGCGAGACCUUCAGCCAGCGCUUCCCCGCCAGCCGCGCCCACCUGCCCGACCCCUUCAGCAUCGGCGUGGACGAGGUGGACGAGGUGGACGACGUGUCCUACGAAGAAGUCCACCGCCAGAUCAUCCUCAUCAUCAACGUCCUCGUCUCCGUCGUCUGCGUCGCUGUCUUCGUCUGGGUAGCGGCGCGCCGCUGGUCCGUCGGGAAGCGCCUGGGCCUGUCCAUGGUGAGCGCGCUGGCUGUCGCCGUCGCAGAGGUCGUCGUCUACAGCGGAUACGUCAGGAAGGUGCAGGAAGCCAAGCUGGCAGAGAAGAAGAAGCCUGAGAUCAAGGAGAUGGUGGCAAGCUGGGUCUUGCACCGCGAUGGCCACGGCGAAGAAGCUGUCCUGUCUACAUCCAAGGAGAAACCAGACGACGGACCGAGGUACAGAAAGGGCAAACACCGCUGA